GCAAAUUACCGAACACUCUUCCCGUCCAAAAAUGACAAAUGCCCAAUGGUCGUUAGAUCAGCGGCGUGGACUAAUAUAAUGAUGAAAGUAAAUUCUGUAGGAGUGGCCAGGAGAACCGUCCCCGAGUUAAAGAAAAAAUGGUCAGACAUCAAGAAAAAAGUAAAAGCCAAGAUGGCUGCCAUUUCAAGAUAUGCCCGCCAGACAGGAGGUGGUCCAUCUUGUCCAGAGAAAUUAUCUCAGCUAGAGGAAAAAGUAGGCUCCACUUGUCGAAGAGAGCAAGUUGAAGGAUUUGGCUUGGCGGAUGCCUGCAUGCAGGCUCUAACCACAAGGGAAAACAUAAUGUCUGAAAGAAAUGAGGAGAUUAGUCCGGAAGAACCUGCUGUUGAAGCAAUUGAUCAGCCACAUUGUCAUGGAGAUGAUCCUGCUACGGAGAACACAUCCGGCCCUGUCAAUCCUCCUAGACCAAAUGAGGAACUUUUUUUACCUGCAGAUCUGGGACUUUCCGAAUCCCAAACAACAUAUAUUAAUGAGUACACAAAUCAGCAUUUGCAAUAUAUGCAGCGUGUUGAUUCAAGAUUUGAUACUCUAGAAAAAGGUUUAAACAACUUAGCUGAGGCAUUUUUACGAGGAUCAAACUCCAUUUCCCAAGGGUUAAACACUAUUGCUAGUCUGCUGGAAAGCCAAACUGGUGGUGUUACCCAAAUUGCUCACUCUCCAACAACAACUAUACCACAGUCUGUGGACAACCCACCCCCUGGUGACCAAGUCCACCAUGAUAUUCAGGGAUCACCAUCUUCACUUAGCACGGAACAUAGCUUAGGCUCAGCCAUUACCUUAAAGUCAAAUGUGGCUGAGAGUGUUUCUUCAUCAGAGUCAGUAUUAUUGGAUGAGGAGAGUUCAAGUGCUCAAGCACUUGACUUGUCUCUUUCAAAUCCUUCUCUUUCAAAUUGGAUCGGGAACCAAACCACAAAGGUGUGUGCCGGGGAUCAAAUGAGUUCUGGGGCCCAUUUUUUGCUAACGUGCAAAAAAGAACUUUCGAGCCCCGAAAAUAGGCAGUCUACGUCGGCGACAAUGACGCCCACUAUCGGUACCCGCAAAACCCUGGGCACAUCCUGGAAAGUUAAUCCAGACUUUAGAAAAUAAAGACCAGUAUCCCUAAGGCAAACAUUUCAACCAAGGCAGUUUCAUAUUUAACAUACUCGUUGGUUGUUGGAAAUCAUUUAAAAUAAUUAUUUUCAGAAGGUAACAUUACUCAUUACCCAUUUUAUAUGGUGUGUUUUUAAGGUUAGUGGGUUAACCUGCAUCAUUACAUUGCUGGACAAUUUUUCAGUUAACAGUCAUAUAUAUGGCAUGUUGAAAGCACACAUUACCUUGGUCAAACCUUUCUUAGUCAAAUUAGUAACGGCGAUGUUGUGUUGUUGUUGUAUUGAAAUAAAUAUGAUUA